AUGUUUCCUAACAAAACAUUCGUGAGUCCUUACACGAAGAGGGACUUCCCUGUGGCAGUGAUACUUCGCAAUCCCCUCUUCUUUGAAGUGUCUGUCAUAUCAGAUGAUAAGCAGCUGUCAAUCAGAGCAGACCGCUGUUAUGCCACGCCUACUCAGGAUCGUACGAACCCUCUGAAGUAUGAGUUCAUUAAACAAGGGUACGACAAAAAAACAUACAUUAUAGUACAAUUACAUUUCUCUGUAAAACAAAAAAUGCAGUCAGUUAACUAACAGACGAUACACGCGGACAGGGGACUGGAGCCGAAAUGUGUCCCGCAGUGGUUUCUGGGAUCGUUGUGGCGACGCACAUGUCAGCUAUUGGUCAAUUUUGUCCUGUAUCUAGUUAAAGUCCCAGAAGUCUUUGCGAAAGUUAACUCGGUCCAGUUUCCUUCCGGUUUUAAAAGUGGCAAAUUGUUGUCGAACAAAAGCAAUGUCAUCUUAGCGGAAGGGGUUAGUGGAGUUGGGUGUGUUCUACGAGUUUUUACACUGACUCACCGGCGUAAAAUUCGUUAUGUAGUCGGCCGCUAAGUAAUUCAUGCACUUAAUUUAAACGAUUAAAGCAAUUAAUUAAACCGAUAUAGACACAGCAUCUUCAUUUCUUUUUAUUUGUACUUAUUUUUUAACUCAGUUAUAAAGGCAGCUUCUACCUUUGAUGCCAUUUCUCUUAGAUGCCCAAGUGAUGCAACCUUACAGUACCAUUCUGCGCCCUUAGCUGGUGUUCAGCGGUUUAGCCUGGAAGCCUUCAAGUUUAUUGCAGAUCAUCCAUUUGUUUUUCUUCACUGUCACGUGAUCCUUUGCAAUGCCUCUGACCCAGGGUCCAUAUGCAAUAAAAGCUGUUCAGCGGAAGGCGACAGACGAAGACGUGAAGUUAGUCCCCAAGAAAAUAACCCCUACACUUUGGGAGAAGGUCCAAUCUACCUGGUACGCGGAAAAGAAGAGGAAAUACAAUCUAGUGGUCUGGGUAUGAGGGGUAUG